GCCGCUCCCCUUCAAGGCGGCCUGACGGGCAAGGCCUUUACGCUGAAGCCAAGUGAAGAACCUCAGAACUGCACUAUACGCCAUUUAACUCAGCUACAAUUUCGUUAGCAGCAAAGCAUCUCCACCGCCACCAAGACCUCGAGUGCUGUAUUUUCCCUUCCCUGCCCAUCGCUCCCAUCUCUGUGCCUGGAAGCUAGUACUCAGCAGUAGCUCUAACUCACUGUCUAUCCCACUGGACCGCUCCCCAUCAUGUUUCAGCGUCUCACCAGUCUCUUCUUCAGCAACAGCAACAUGCCAGAAGGCCUGGAGGAGCCUAAACCCUUUGUCGAGGAGGAGGAGGAGGAGGAGGAUGGCUGGCUCAUAAUUGAUCUUGCAGGCAGCCGUGCCCGCCCCGGCACAGCCCGGCGAGUGGGUGCUGGUGGUACUGGGCGCUCGGUGCGAUCCCGCCCAGCACCCCCCGGUCCGCCACUGCCAUCAGCCGCUUCCCCGGCUCUGGCCGGUCCCUGCUUGAUGGACGAGAGUUGGUUUGUCACCCCUCCCCCCUGUUUUACUGCAGAGGGGCCCGGCCCCGGCGGAGUGGGGAGCAGCCCCAUGGAGGACCUGCUCAUCGAGCACCCCAGCAUGUCCGUCUACAUCACCAGCACCCUUGAGGUGGACGGGGAGGUCCCCGAGGAUGAUGCUGCUGGGGAGGUGCCGGAGCCCCGGCUGGAGCGGCACAUGCCCCACCACAGCAGGUCCCUCUCGGUGAAGGCUGCCAUCUUGGAGAAGGUCGGGCAGGUGCGGCGGGUGCAGCGGGCCAAGCAGCUGGUGGAGAAGCACCAGCUCAGCCAGAAGGCACUGCAGCGGCAGAACCGAGCCCACCAGCGCCCGCUGCGCGGGGCCAAGCAGCAUGCCAGGACCUUCGUCCACCAGCCCUGCCAGCGCCACUGCAACUACUGACCUCGCCCGGACGGCCGCGCCGCCACUCCCCCCUGCCACCUUCCCCGGCAGAGGGAGACUUCACCCCCCGCCCCAACACCACCCAGGGAGCGCCAGCCCCAACAAACACUGGUGACACCGGGCUGCGGUUUCACUCCACAACCACACCACCCCCACCCCUGCCAUCUGCAUGCCCAGGCCCCCACUCCUCGUCUUCCUCCCUCUGCUGCUCCCCUCGCCCUUCGCCCCCAACACCGGCCAGGCCAGCGACUCCCAGAGCCAGCAGCAUGGAGGGCUGUACUGCCCCUUCCACCCUCGCAGCCAUGCCAGCCUUCAUGCGGGAAAUCAGUAUUUCCGGUGAAAUGACCCAUUUCCAAAAUCCAUGGUGAAGCCUGUUUGUCCUGAUGAGCCUGUGACAUCAGUGCCUUUCUUCAUAACAUCAUGACUCCACGGAUAGCCAGACUGGGAUGUCACAAGCAGAGACACCAAGCGGAAGUGAAACGAGCAACAAAGCAACAAGAUUUGGGAUUUUUAGGAAAAUCUCAUCAAUGACACUAAAUAAUGCUUCUUCCCCCCAAAACCAGCAAAUACCCCCCUCCCUCAUUGAUUUCUUAAUUACAUUUUUUACCAUGAUAAGACAAAAACCCCAGUGCUGGUCCCAAAAGGGCUUGUCAUGGGGAAGAGCUGGUGGAAACCUUUGUGGCAGGGACAGCCGGGCAGCUCGCGGUGCCUCAUGGUGUUUUUUUAAAGACAACCUUAAAAGCAAUCUCAGGAAACAAAGCACUGUCCCAGCACCUUGCCGGAGCCCUUGGCUGCGGGGCCAGCGGUAGCGUCACCAUGGCCAGUGGUCCUGCCGAGCUGCUGGCUGCCUUGUCUGAGUGAGCCCCCUCCUCCUGGAGCCACUCAUCUGCCCAAGCCGCACCUAUAUACAUACAUACAUGUGCGUAUCGUGUUUCUCUAUAUACCUAUAUACUUGGAAGAGGCACCGUUGAAGCCAACGAGCAUUGGCUGCCUGGUAUUGAUCCCUGGGAGGGGAGUGGAGGCAGGGACCUGUGCAGCUUCCCUGAGGUGGCAAAAGCACGUUGAAGCUCGUGGUGAAGGGAUGCCGAAGAGGAGGCUGGAGGGAAGAGGCUGAAGUAGGGGCAAAGAUGGGCCUGGGAGCGGCUGCAAAGGGAGAGGAUGGGGCAGGCCUGGGCAGUGGGGCCAGGCGAGAGGAUUGCUGCAGGGGAGCCAUAACAGGAAUGCCUUCUUUGCUCACUAAAAAUUGCAUCCUUUCCUGUGAAGGGCCGAAUUCCGGAGUGGGCAAUGCUGAUUUUUAAUGCAAAUCCCUCCCCUUCCCAUGACAGACUCAUUCUGCCUUUCGAAGGACACAGUCCAGACUUUUCACUGGCUCUAGCACCAGCUGAGAUGGCUCCAAACCCAGCAGAAAUUUGAUGAUCCUCCCCCAGCUCCCUCCCUUUGGGGACUGGUUUUGCACCCCAUGCCCCAGGGAAGGUCUGGCCAUCAUGUCCUGCUCAUGGCCAGCUCACAGCCUGGAUUCCCACCCUCUGAGACAAGAAAUACCCCUACCCCCCAAAAAAAUGCUGAUUUCACAGGAGUUUCUUCCAUUCGCCAUGUUACAUCCCUUAAUAUCAGCUUGGGACCUAGAUUGAGGGAACUGUGGUUAACCCAAUCUCAAACAGGUGAUAUUUAUUGAUUUUUUUUUAUUUUAAUGAGAUUAAAAACAAAAUGAACACUCUUACGAGCACCACCCCCCAGCUCUGUGCCUGGGAGCCUGGACCACAGGGGAGCCGGCUGAUGAUGCUCACCUGCAGCGUUUAUCUUUCAUUCUGAUGACAUGGCAUUCCUAAAAGCACAGAAAGAACAAAAAAACAAUUUCAAAUAUGCCUUUUAAGCCUUUCCCUUUCAAUUCUUCCCGCCCAGUUUCUUGUUUCAACUCCCCCUGAGACCCGACACCCUCAUCACAUGAGUGAUGUGAUGCCUCUUGCCCUUCCGGCUGCAGCAGCCAGUGCCCACCGGGGCAAGUGUGGCACUGGCUGCUGUGCCAGUGGAGACGCCGGGCUGUAUUCUGCAUCUGCCACACUGGUUUGGCCUGCUGCUUUUUCAGCCUUUCUGGUAAGCAUGGCGGCACUGGAGCUGAUUUUUCACAGCGCGUUAGCAUUAAGUUAUUAGCAGAGGAAGAGCAGGCUGGGGAACCUGGCGUUACCUCCCAGCCCUUGGCCUCGCCCACUGCUCCUUGGGCCUCGUCACAAUUGCCAUCCCUUGCCACCGAACCUAAGGCCACGCUGGAGAUUGCCCUAUUUCAUCUCUGUUGUCUUGGUGAAGAGACUGAUGACUGCCGGACUCGAGAACAUGUACAUCCUUUGGCUUCCUGGGCUUCACAUUCAAUGCCUUUUUUCCCCCCUGAAGUGAUGCCUGGUAUGAACCAGGAACGUGCCAUUUAUAGGAACACUGGCACAGGUGCUUGUGAAGACAAGCAGGGGCUGAGGCCGAGCUCUUGGGUGUCCGAUGGAUCUCUGAUGAGGGGCUGCCUUUCCCAUGCUGCUCUUGCCCAUGUCGCUGGUGAUAUGCUCUGUGGCCACCAGGCAACAGCGUUGGAGGAAGCAUUUUUUUCUCUAGUCCAAAUAUAUAUCAAGAAGUGGACAAGCCAAGCAAUGGUUUGCCUCCCAGCUGGUUCUCUGUUGCAAAUUCUCUUCCUGCACAUCCAAGGUGCUGCCAGUCCCUCCAGAGCGCUCCCAAAAUCAGAGGCUGGCUGUGACACCAUCACCCUCUGUGCAGCUCCCAGGGGAAGAUGGGCUGGGGACAGCAAGGCUGGCUGGGAAUGGUGUCCC